CUCUAGAUAUCUAUUUCAAAGCAUAUCAUUAUCCCUGUCUAUUCGUCCUCUUUGAAACGUGACCCUUCAUUCUAUCCUGAUCAGUACGAUCGUUAUAAACCUACGCGUUAUCAUGAUAUAUCCACAUUUCCCUGACGGUAUCUUGCUUAAGAAGCAUGUCGGUAGGAUAAUACGUGUCCAAGGUGUCCAAUAUCAGUUGGAACGUUUAAUGGCCGAGAAGUACGACCAUCAUCUUGUUCAACGAGUUGCCCUCUUCGAGGCCAAGAAAUCCGAUACCCAAGAGACUGCGGUUGUCAAGUUUCGCUUUCAAAUGGAUCCUGAUGCGAUUCUUGAAACUGAUCGGGAGGCUGUACUAAUCAUGGCGUUGAACUGGUUCAGAGCAGAGGCCGGAUGCCUUCAAGCUUGCGAAACUAGAGACCACAGAACACCAAAGUUCUAUGGAAAAGAAGAACUUGUUCAGGGCAGUCAAGACCUGUACCCUGGAGGCUACAUGCAUGUUAUCGCAAUGUCAAAGGUCCCUGGAAGCCCAGUUACUACAUUCUCAAGAUUCACUCGGAGAGAGAUCGAGACCAUUCGCAAGCAACUUGCUGAAAUACUUGAAUAUACGCGACAGAAAGGAUGCCACUACAUCCUCCCGAACAAAGAAGACUUAUUUUUUGACCGGACCUCUAUGCACACUGCCCUCGUUGGAUUUGCUGGCCUUGCCCUGGAUGACAACAGUAAUAUCGAUCCGAUAACAGAGAGCUCAUUUGAAGUCACGGCUUUUGGGUUGGAAUCAUUGCCACAUGGUAGGAGAUAGAUGCGAAACAGCCAAGCCAUUAGGAUUAUUCUAUUCAGGAUAGGUGGAUCUACCACAAGAGCAACGGCCCAUGAGAAAUUUGUGCUUGCACUCUUCAAAUGAGUCUACGAAUCUUAGGUCUAUCCACUAUAAGACUCACUGGUCAGGGAAAUUCCUGUCUCGGAAAAAAUGACGGGAGAC